GCUUUGGGGUGAGUCUGACGGCGGCGGCCAAGGCGAUGCGUGUUUGUUUGGGUUUCCCAACAUUAAUAUUUUCCUUCUUUGCAGGGGCUGUCCGAGCAUGGAGCGUCAGCAGCUGGGUCCGGGCCGGCAGGGUACUAGCAUCCUGCAGUGCUCCUCUCCUGUCAAAUAUCCGUACAAGUGCAUCUGUUGCGCGCAUGGGAAAAUGGGAGAAGAAGAAUAGAAUCGUUUAUCCUCCUCAGCAACCGGGAGAACCUCGAAGACCUGCGGAAAUAUACCACUGUCGAAGAGAGAUUAAAUACAGCAAGGACAAGAUGUGGUACCUGGCAAAAUUGAUACGGGGAAUGAGCAUUGAUCAGGCAUUAGCUCAGUUGGAAUUCAGUGAUAAAAAGGGAGCUAAAGUGAUCAAAGAGGUCCUUCUAGAAGCUCAAGAAAUGGCGGUGAGAAAUAAUAAUGUAGAAUUUAAAUCCAAUUUACACAUUGCUAGGUCCUUCUCUGGAAAAGGCCAUUAUCUGAAAAGGAUCCGCUACCAUGGCAAAGGCUUUUUUGGCAUUAUGGACAAAGUCAAAUGUCAUUACUUUGUGAAAUUAGUAGAAGGCCCACCUCCACCUCCAGAACCACCCAAGACUGGAUUUGAUCAAGCGAAAGAAUAUGUUCAGCAGCUUCGUAACCGAACCAUUACUAACACACUGUAAUAUUUCCCUCACUGUGUAUAUCUUCCUUUUUGAUAAACGUGUAAAUAAAAAGGACAUUUUAAGAAGAA